UGCUAAGGAAGUGAGGUCACGCAAUAUGGCGGUCUGGAGCCGCGGCGAGUGAGCCGUUAAUGCUGUGUGGAAUCCGCGGGCAUCCAUCCCGGGAGCUGCGGCGGCGGCGCUGCGUUUCUCGCUAGCAUCAAGCGGAAAACCCAAAGCCACGAUGGCAUCAGGAACCGCAGGGCUGUGAGGCAGCAGAGCGCGAGCCGGCAGGCCGGGCAGGGCAACAGAACCAGGUCGCGGACGAACCAGGUUGCCGCCAUGGAGCUGAGGGUUGGGAACCGGUACCGGCUGGGCCGGAAGAUCGGGAGUGGCUCCUUUGGGGACAUCUACUUGGGAACUGAUAUUGCUGCUGGAGAGGAGGUUGCCAUUAAGUUGGAAUGUGUGAAAACUAAACAUCCUCAGCUUCACAUCGAGAGUAAAAUCUACAAAAUGAUGCAGGGUGGAGUGGGCAUUCCCACAAUUAAGUGGUGUGGAGCUGAAGGGGACUACAAUGUAAUGGUGAUGGAGCUGUUGGGACCGAGUCUUGAAGAUCUCUUCAAUUUUUGUUCAAGAAAAUUUAGUCUCAAGACAGUUCUACUACUUGCUGACCAAAUGAUUAGUCGAAUUGAAUAUAUUCACUCUAAGAACUUCAUCCACCGAGAUGUGAAGCCAGAUAACUUCUUAAUGGGCCUGGGGAAGAAAGGCAAUCUUGUCUACAUAAUAGACUUUGGACUAGCAAAGAAGUAUCGAGAUGCUAGAACUCACCAACAUAUUCCAUAUCGUGAAAAUAAAAACUUAACAGGAACUGCUCGUUAUGCAUCCAUCAACACUCAUCUUGGAAUUGAGCAAUCUCGCAGAGAUGACUUGGAGUCCUUGGGCUAUGUACUGAUGUAUUUUAACCUGGGCUCCCUCCCCUGGCAGGGACUGAAAGCAGCAACAAAGAGGCAGAAAUACGAACGUAUCAGUGAAAAGAAAAUGUCUACACCCAUUGAGGUUUUGUGUAAAGGAUAUCCUUCUGAAUUUGCCACAUACUUGAAUUUCUGCCGUUCUUUGCGUUUUGAUGACAAACCGGACUAUUCCUAUCUAAGGCAAUUAUUCAGAAACCUCUUCCACCGACAGGGGUUCUCCUAUGACUAUGUGUUUGACUGGAACAUGCUGAAAUUUGGGGCAAGCAGAGCGGCUGAAGAUUCUGAACGUGAAAGGCGAGAACGAGAGGAAAGAUUGAGACAUACACGGAAUCCAGCUGUGCGUGGAAUACCCUCCACUGCUUCUGGCAGGCUGAGAGGAGCGCAAGAUGUAGCUCCUCCUACUCCCCUUACCCCAGCUUCACAUGCUGCCAACACCUCUCCUCGGCCAGUAUCUGGUAUGGAACGAGAAAGGAAAGUGAGUAUGAGAUUGCAUCGAGGUGCCCCAGUCAAUAUCUCGUCAUCUGACUUAACAGGCAGACAAGAUACCUCUCGCAUGUCAACUUCACAGAAUAGCAUUCCUUUCGAACACCAUGGCAAGUAGCUGCUCGUCUCCUUUCGUUGGAAGGCAGCACUGGGAAUGUUCAUGCAGCGAUAUGUCAUCCAUUCAAAAUCAGAUCUGCUUCCAAACAAUAAAACCAAAAUACUUACUUGAAGACUUAAUUAACUCUAUUACUCAAAUAAGGCUCUGUCUUGUCAUGAAUGGAAUGUUCUACUGCAGAUAUAUCCACUUUUCACUGUUUUAUAUUCUCUAUUCCUUAUGAGCUGUCAUUUAAAAAAUACUCAGAUUUGUAUUUUUAAAAUGUUCACGUACUAGUAAGAGUGGUUUGAACAUGAACAUCUCAAAGGUAGACAGACUUGUAUUUGGAUAUUUAAAACUCCUUUCCACUUGUCAGUGCAGUAGAAGUUUCUGCCUUUCUGUGUGCAGCCUUUGGCUUUUUAGUCUGCUCUGCUUUUGGCAAUAACAGGUUUCUUCAGGGAAAUAGCAAGUUUCAGUUGGAAUCUGAACCUUAAUGGUUGAAGGAUGCUUUCUUAAGUAUUUCAGGAGCUAUGUUGCUUUGCUUCUCAUUAAAAGGCUAUGAGAUUUUUCUGUUUCUUAAUAAAUUCUGUUUUAUAACUGUCUGCUGUCUCACUUUCUCUGUAAAGCCUAAGCUUGCACUAAUCCUGUAUCUCUAGCUGGUGAAGAAUCCUGCUGUUCAUCUUCAGUUUUUUCCUCCUGCUUCGUGUGCUUGGCUGACUGUGGACAAGCUGCUUCAUAAACAGAUUGUAACAUUAAAAAGAUCCAACUGUAAAUGGCAGCUUCACAAUUGAAAGUCAAAUUAUCAGACCUUAGUAAAAAAUUAAAAGGGAAAAAAUAAAAAAGGCAAAUCUAAAGCUUUGCAUUGGAAAGCUUGUGUGUGGGAGAUGUGAGGAUUCCAGUCUGCUCAGGGUUGUGUCUGCAGUGGUUGGCCUUUACUGUAUGUCUUACUGUUUGCAGCUGUUUGUAACUGAAAUUAAUGCUGAAUACUGGUUUGGCUGCCGAGAUGGUUUUGGCUUCUUAAAUUGAAGCAAUGUGUGGUUGGUUUUCACUUUUGCAGUGAAAGUGUCUUUCAAAUAAUGUUACACUGUUGCUAAAAUAGGUCAAGCUAUGGAAAUUAAUGAAGUGUCUUUUAACACAAUGUCUCAUGAAAAAAGAAAAGCCAUUGAAAAUCUUUGAAGUUGGGGGUUUUGGGGGUUUUGGGUUUUAUGGUGGAGAUUUUUUGUGGUUUUUUUUGUUGGUUUUGGUUUUUGUUUUGUUUUACUGGGAUUUUUUUCCUCGUAAAACUGAGUUAUUCACUGAGUCUGUUUUACACAUUGUUAGUGUUUUCAUAUGGUUUGUUCUUUCUUCUGUGCACGUUUAUGCGCUGUUUACUUUUCUUCAAAAUGUACCUUCUGUCUGGAAAGAUGAAUUUUCCAUGUUAACUUCUAAUAAAGGAUGGAGAUGCAGGGAACUUCA